AUGCUGCGAAUCUCAUAUCUUCCUGGAGUCCUCUUCCCGCUUUCGAGAUGCCGAUCUCAGGUACCUCUUUUGAUUUUUGAGAUGCCGGGAUUGUUUAAAUCAGAUCUUCUAACAUUUGAUGUUGUUGGCUGACUGCGUGAGAAGCAUAAACAAGAACUCGAGAAUAUGACAUUAAUAGCACAACCUUUCAAAACAUUGAAGCUUUUUAUAGUGGCUGUUGUUCAGUAUAUAAGCAGAUCACUGCAUGUUGAAGAGCUUCUUGAAUAUGCAAGGUUUGGACUGUGGUGGGUAGCUCUUGGUGUUGCAUCUUCCAUUGGUCUUGGGUCUGGGCUACACACUUUUGUUCUAUAUCUGGGUCCCCACAUUCCUUUCUUCACAAUAAAAGCAAUGCAGUGUCGUCGGGUGGAUCUUAAAAGUGCUGUUGAUGAUACAAUAAAGUUAAAUAGAAGCCCUACAUGGCUUCAAAAGGAUUGUUCAGAGUUUGGGCCUCCAUUGUUUUUUUAUCCUCUCAAGUUUUUUGCAGCAAGUAUCUCAGGUGAUAAAAUGGAGGUGACAGAAGAACUGGAUGCUUCCUCAUCAGAGAAUAAUGGAGUUGCUUCAAACUUAAAUCACAUGAAGCAACUCAUAGGCGAGGUUUGGAAUAUUAGUUUUAGACAUAAUUAUAUUAUUUUAUCUGUUAACACAUGUUCAUCAUCUAAACCUGGUGCGUUUAAUACGAUAUUGUGUGGAGGGCUCCCUUUUUUUUGGUGUAUGAGUUCAUUGAAAAUGGAAACUUAA